ACGUCAUGGCGAAGGUUACCACCGAUGGCCUGACAAUUCUAAUCUGUAUGUUAAUGACUGGAACUGUUUUGGGCGUUCAAGAAAGAACAUAUGUGACGGUUUUUACACAGAACUUCGUUGGCUAUUCGUACAACAUGUACCUCUACAUUACCUCAUCGCGUCCACAGCCAGUGACAGUUGAAGUGUUUGUUCCGUACCUAAAUACCGCAGCUCCUUUCCAAAACCUCACGCUUGACCCAGGACAAAGAACCAAGGUCACACUGCCUGCUGAUGUUCAAAUGCCUACAGGGACAAGGACGUCAAACAGAAUUAUCCGCGUCGUGGCUUCCGACGAUGUCACAGUAUUGGCACUAAACGCCGAACCGUGGAACCUUGAUAUGUAUCAAGUGAAAGAGACGAGUCAACUGGGAAAGGAGUAUGUAGUCGUGGCGCCUGACUCUUACAAUGCCCAAUCUGCAGCUACAGUGGGAGUAGUCUCCCCUUUCCCAAACACUGAAGUGAAGGUCACACUUCCAGACAUGCAUCCUACCAUUUCUGCAGAAGUAAAUGGAGUCUCACAGAUAUUAUCAGGAGAGUUUUCAAUCACACUGCAGGAAAACCAAACGUUUCAAAUUCAGUCCGUUAAUGAACUUUCUGGAAUGUACAUUGCAUCUAACAAACCCAUUGCCGUUUUGACUGGAGUAAACAGGACUGAAUCAUCUAGCAAUCUGUGUUUGGACGGGCAGAUAACUCAGCUGUUAAGUUUAGACAAAAUAGGCACGAAAUACAUUGCUUUUGGGCUACCUUUAUCUAAUCCUAAGGACUACAUAAACAUUGUCUCCACACAAGCUGGCACGGACAUCUUAUUUGAUGGAACUACGUCAAGACUUACCAGUGCAAGGGAGAUAACUAGACUACGUAUUCAGCGAAAUCAGUUCAAAUUGAUUGAAAUGUCUAAACCAGCAGUCGUAUCCAUGACAACUGCAUCAGGUCAAUCACCCACUAUCCAGGGUUCUUUGUCCAACUACAUGCUUCAUCCUCUUCCACUGAGAGACCUCGUCUACACAAUCACAGUGCCGGACGAUACAGUGAUCUCAGACUCUCAUAGAUAUCUUGUCAUCAUGGUUGAGAACGAUGGCGUGGGCGACAUUCUGUUGGACGACGUUGUCAUCUCAGGAGCUUCGUGGAUACCGGUCACGGGCACCAAUAUUUCAGCCUGCUUCUAUCUGGUGACAGAUAAUACGGAGGCCAGAGUCCUGAGACACAGACAAGGAAAGCCGUUGGCUGUGUAUUUGCAGGGCUUCAAGCAUUGUAUUGCAUACUCUAUUGCAUUUGAAGCCAAUGAUAGAGAUAAAGUUCGCCCUUCGGUCACUCAGGCGCAAGUUAACUCCCGAGACCUCCGUGCAAACCCAGGAAAAAGAAAGACGUCUCAGCGGAUGAAGUUGCUCACUGUAUCAUUUCUGCAAGCUUGUUUCUCCUUCUGUCUCAACUACGCGGAAUGUGAAGGCGUGAACUACCUACUGAACGCUUUGCCGAUGGCCAUCAACUGCGAGCUUCUGUUCACCGAGACCGAUGGACAACAAGACAGUGCUGACUGGACGUACUAUCAACUCGUCCCAAACUGACUCAAGAGAUAUUUUCUUUGAUAGCAGGAUGAGUCAAGUUCGUGCCCAACUAGGUACCAAGAUUGUGGUAAAAGUGAUUUUUGUGUCCAUUCUUUUCAUUUCACAUAAUGUCAGGAAGAAAUGAGCUGGCUGAUCGGUUUCCUGCAGUAAGGACAGAGUGAAACAAAAUCUUGUCAAGAAAGUGUUUUGCUUUAUUUGUUUGACAAAUAUUGAUAUCACAUUUACUGGCACUUCAUUACAAUAUGCUUCAUAUCACUUACUAAUUUGUUAAAUUAUGUAACUUAUUAAAACAAAAAUGUAAAUGACAGUAUCAACUCAUCCCCUGAUCGUUUUGACGAAUUAAGAUCACCUUAUUUUUCACUAAUUUUGGUUUAAGAGCACACGUUUGAUUAACUAAACGGUAUAUUGUUUUUUAAUUACCGAGCAAUUGAGCACCUCAGAUGUUGUAAUUAAAUUACUAACUGUGUGAGAAUAAACGAAUGGAACAGCCCUCUACAAUAAGAAACCACUUUCACCUGCGGUGACAUGUUAAUGACUAUUUUGUAUCUCCAGUUGGCAUUGCGGACGCCAUACAACCAUUUUGAGUGGGAAUUUCUCAGCGAAAAUGUUACUUUGAAUUUGUGAUGCCACCCGUGGUUCAAUGGUAUAGUUGGGAGAAAAGUGUUCACAAACCUCCACCCCUGCGUCACAUGGCGGAUCUGCUGAAGGCUCUAGUGCUUGUGUAUGACGUUCAAUAAUGUUCCAAAUAUGCUCAGAUUCAGAUCCACUCUCAAGGCAUUCCAAGGCCGAGGUGUCACAACAUUUGAGGAAGCUGGCUGUCAGUGUCUUCGAACAAUAGGGUCUGGGUUUAUCAUCCACGAACUGAAGCCAAUGAAUGCUUGACAAAAUGGGGGAAUAGCAACUGACACUAUGUGAGAUUGCGUUCAAUGUUAUCAGAUCCAGUUUGCAAUCAAAUGCGAUACAUCAUAGUAUCACUAGCAAACCUCCCCUAUGUAAUGUUUCGGUGUGUGUAAACUGUAUUCAGCUGUAUCAGAAUCUCAGUUGACCUUGUGUAACAUGGAGCAGUUUUCAUCCGAUCAAUGAAAUUUUCUCAGAUUAAAAGAAUGUCGCGCUCA